AUGGAUUUUAUGCGCAACACCAUUGAAUAUUCUAAAUCUUUUAAAGCUUCUCGACAAGUAUAUGAAAUACGUGAUGUACCAGAAUCACAUUAUGUAUGUCAAUGGUGGAUUCAACAAUUUCAAGGAAUUAAAAUAGAAAACAAUUCUAAUUUUUCUAUCCAAUUUAAGAAAAAACAUCGUGAUCAGAUCAGAUGGAAUAAUGCCAAGAUACCUUUUCGACGUUCUGGUUUAUGGAUGACUAUGAAAGUAGUAUUUCAUAUCAUUCUCACUAAACGUUUGAGACACAUUGGUACCGUUAUUUAUAAAUUAUUGAUUAUUCAUUUUCUUACAUAUGUUAUUGGCAAAGCAGAUUCUAAUAUAUCUACUGAUUUAUUAGUUCACUGUAUUCGAAAAAUUGUACGAAGAGUAAAUAAAAUUGAACAAUUAUUAUUGUCUAUUAAUGUAAAUGAUGUGAAUGAAUGGGUACAGAAUAUGAAAUAUGAAAUACAAAUGAAAAUUAAUCAAAUUCUUCCAAAAUCAGAUUGGCAAAAAGUCAUUCAAAUAAAAGACGAAAGAAAUUCCAAAUUAUUUAUCACUAAUUUCGAAUUGAAUGAUUCUAAUACUUACAAAUAUUUGUGCCGAGAAUUAAAUGCUUAUCUGAAUAAUCAAAACUUGAGUCAAACAUUGGAUUUUUUUUCAGGUUCUAAUAAUUAUGGUGAAUUCAGUUACGUUAAUCAAGAUGAUUAUAUACCGUCGACUAAAUAA